GUCAGUCUGUCCUGGGCGCUCCUCCUCCUUCUGCCUCAGCUCUGGAUUCUGUAGCACACUAAACGCAAAGUUGCGAGCGCCGUCGUUCAAGGAAAAAGAAACGGAGGAUGCGUUCGGGGAAGCUGCGUGUGGCGGUGAUCGGUGCGGGGGCGGCGGGUCUGUGUGCCGCGAGACAUGUCCUGGCACGGGGGGGCUCCUUCUCCCCCCCCACGGUGUUCGAGUUGAGCGAGCGGGUCGGGGGCACCUGGGUCUACGAGGAACGAGUCGGCAAGGAUCAGAGAGGCAGGACUGUGCACAGCAGCAUGUACAGGGACCUGAGGACCAACAUCCCAAAGGAGGUGAUGGCGUUCCCGGACUUUCCGUUCGAGAAGCGGCUCCCCUCGUUCGUGCAUCACUCGGAGGUGCGGCGCUACCUGGAGCAGUACUGCCAGCACUACAGGCUGAGAGAACACAUCCAGUUUGGCACCUCUGUGGAGUCUGUGAAGCCGGUGGCCACGGAGAAGGGGUGGCGUGGACUGGCGUGGGACGUGACCACCUCUGACGUGACUGGUACAAAAGACACAACCACCGAGCGGUUUGACGCAGUGAUGGUGUGCAACGGGCACUUCUUUGAUCCUUAUAUCCCACCCAUUCCUGGCCUGGAGAAUUUCAAGGGCACUCUCAUGCACAGCCAUGACUAUCGCUGUCCGGAGCCCUUCGCUGGGCAGAGUGUUCUGCUGCUGGGGGCCGGUCUCUCUGGGCUGGACAUCGCUCAGGAGCUCUCCGCGGUGACCCGGCCGGUGACCCUGAGCCACAGCCAGCCCCCCCUGCGCAGCCCGCUGCCCCGGGGGAUGCUGGAGGCCCCUGGGGUGCAGCGUGUGCGGGGGGACGGGGCCCUGGAGCUGGGGGAUGGGAGCCUCGUCCGGCCGGAUGUAUUCAUGUUCUGCACGGGAUAUAAAUUCACCUUCCCCUUCCUGGAGCCGGGGGAGCUGGGGCUGCAGCUCAGGAGCCACAUGGUGUCCCCCCUCUACAAACACCUGCUGCACACUGCCUUCCCCUCCCUGUCCAUAGUGGGGCUCUGCAGAGCCAUCUGCCCCUUCCCUCACUUCCACUGCCAGACCCAGUUUGCCCUCUCUGUGCUCGAUGGCUCCUUCACGCUGCCCUCGCGUGAGCAGAUGGACCGGGAGGUGGACACUGAGAUCCGGAGGCUGCUGGACAGUGGCGUCCCCCUGAGACACGUCCUGAAGCUGGACGCGGAGCAGUGGGAUUACAACGACCAUCUGGCCGCACUGGGGAACUUCCCAGCCCUGCCCCCCUACUGGAGGAGCCUCUACCAGGCAAACAAGGAGUUCAGAGCAACGGAUCUACUGAACUACAAGAGAUACAGCUACCAGGUGCUGAGUGACACGGACUGGAGCGUGGAGAGACACCCACACUGAGAGAGAGGGGAGACACACACACUUAGAGAGAGGGGAGACACACACACACACUGAGAGAGAGGGG